AUGCCCGCUUUGCCCUCGCCUUUCGCCAAAGGGGGAUGCAUUGUGUCAGCGCCAGUGGGGCCGGCCGGUUCCGCAGGGCCGGUGAAGUCGUCUUCGGGAAAGCUUGAGUCACUCAGGCUUGCUGGAGUGAAGAUUCCGAGUGUGCCGGGACAAAGCUGGGAUCAGAAACUCUCUGAGGCGAGGGAAGCAGCUUUGGCAAAGUGGCUAGGGAUUCUUGAAAGGUUCCCCGACGAUUUCGGUCUUUCUUUGUCGAUUCGGCUAGAUAAGGAGAACGGGCGAGACUCUGACUUGAAGUCGUCUUUGCAAGAUGUGUUUUCCCAAAAGGCGAGUGUCACGAUCUCAGGCCGUGCUGGGCCCCUUGCCAGGUACAUCAAGCACUGCCGAAGUUGCCAGGUUGUUCCUUUCCCUGUCACUGAAGCAGGGAUCUAUGCUUUCCUACAGGAUUAUGCAUCUCACGAGGCGCCCACUUUCGCCAGGAGUUUCUUGAGCAGCCUUGCUUUUGCAAAGUUCACUGUGAGCUUGAAAGUGAGUGAUGAAGUCUUCAGCCCCAGGGUCCGUGGGCUGUCGUCGAAGCUGUAUCUUGAAAAGAGGAAGACUCGGCAGAAGCCGUCGCUCAAAGUUGAUCAUGUGCGGAAACUGGAGGCCAUCGCUUCCGGCUCGAUCGUGCUAGAGCCUUCAGACCGGGUCGCUGCUGGCUUCUUCGUGUGGACCUUGUAUGCACGAGCGAGGUACUCGGAUGCCCAAGCUGCAGGUGCAAUGACUUGUGACUUAAGCGACACGCCGGACGGCACAGUCGGAUACCUGGAGUCCGCUGUUGAGCGAAGCAAGACUUCGUUCUCUCUGGAAAGAAAGGUCAGGUACUUGCACAUGUUUGCUCCCAUCCAAGGUAUAGGUGAGGUGCCCUGGGGUGUCAAGUGGUUUGAGUUCUAUAAGGAGCAUGGGCCUCCUUUGGGGUCGGGCAAGCCCUUGCUUCCGAGCCCGCUCUCUGGCGGAGGGUGGCAAACAUCGCCGCUGGCGGUGGCGAGUGCCACGAAAUGGAUGAAGUCACUCUUGAUCCGUGCGGGUUGCGACAGGUCUUCCGUUGAACCGCUUGGGACGCAUAGUCUCAAGGCAACGACCUUGAGUUGGAGCGCCAAAUUCGGACUAUCCCGUGAGGUGAGAGCGGCCCUAGGUUACCACGCCAGGGGCCGUGAUGGGACCGAGCUCAUCUAUGGGAGAGACAACAUGUCUGCUCCUGUGCGCCAGCUGCAAGGGGUUCUGCUCGAGGUGUCGCGCGAAAGGUUCAUGCCGGACGCCACCAGGUCCGGUUACUUCGUGAAGCGCUUUGAAGAUCCAGAGGGGAUGCCCAUUCCUCCUGAGGAGGUCUUGUCGGAAUCUUCUUCCGAGGCCAGCGAGGAUGCCGAGGAUGUCGAUCAUGUAGCUGCGGAGGCGGCCACCGACGAAUUGGGAAGGCAAUGGGAGCCCGAUGCAGGCUUGCGUGCCGAGCUUGAAGCAGUCCCUUUGUUCAGGAACAGAGACAGCCGUUUCAUCCAUGCUGUCGCAUCCGAAGAAGGCCACGAGGUGCGGAUUCGAGAGUGUUCUGAGGACUUUCAGCAAUUUGUAGGAGUUUCACUAGCUCGGUUCCUGCUCCUGACGAUGGCUAACUACUCUGAGAGUCAAUCGGUUCUGCAGUCGCGAUUGAGUGUCGUGGGUUUCGCAGAAGAUGACGUUCAGAAAAUCCUGCCAGAGGUGGGAAACUUGAGGAGGCUGGCGUUCAUUUCUUCUUUCACACCUGGCCAGACUGACGAGGGGCCGCUGAUGCAGGUGUUGAAAGACAUUCUGAAGCGAGACUUGACAAUUGCAGACAAGGCUAAUUGGCGUGCGGUUUACAAUGAAGCUUUUGCCAUUGUGACCGCGGAAAUGAAGCAGAGGAUUGAGAAGGCCGACCCAGAGUCGACCGUCAGGCCUUUGUCUCAGCCUGAGAGGUCUGAGAGGUACGAGCGGCAGGCCAAGAAGCUUGUCGGGAUUUCACUGAAAGGGCCUCUGGAGCCUGCCGAUGCACUUGUUGAUCUUGCUGUGGCUUCCUAUGAGGCAAAUGAGCUGAGGUACAUUCCGUGGGACCGGUGUGUGUCCAAGGAAGCUGAACUGGCUGGCGAGAAGAAACGCGAUGUCAGGUUCACUGUUGAGGAGUCUUCGGGAAAGCUUCGGAUCGAGCACAAACAGCCUGAUCUGGUUGCGGAUACUUCAUCGGAGAUUCUUGUUCAGCAGGCUCUCACCAGGAGAGCUUUGGCCAUGGAUCAGGCGAACCUGAUCGAGUUCAGUGUUGCUGAUAAGUGGACUCAACGCUUGAUGAAGGCCCGCAUGCAAGCGCCUGCGGAGCAUUUUGCCAGGCCCACUUGGAAGCAACUUGAGUCGGCAGAUCGGCAGCUGUUUGCCGAGCUUCGUGAUAAGACCAGGGCAGGAGUGCAGACUGUCGCAUCGGGUCGCCCGUUGGACACACUUCUGCCAGAUGCGAUGUACAUGAACGAAGUGUCAUGUUUAUUGCAACCUUUUCCGGCCCCUGCCUUAAAAGAUGUUCCCCAGAAGCCGGAUGCUCCCAAGUGGGAGAGGCCUUCUCCUUACAACAAAGGUGGAGGCAAAGGAAAGAAAGGUAAGCAGAGGUUCAUGACAAGGUUGCCCGCCGGCCUGGAGGGCUGCAGGUCUCACACCAAUCGUGGUGACCCAAUCUGUUUUGCAUUCAAUCUGGGAGGCUGCCCUACCAAAGGGCAGAAGUGCGAGAAAGGCCUGCACAUUUGCGCAGGUGCGUCGCUGAUGGCCGGUGCUCCAGAGAGUGUGCAUCAGCCGGCAGCGGGAGCCUCACAGGUGGAUGAUCUCCUAGAGGGAGUUCAUCGGCCGAGCAAUGCAUGCGCCGGCGGCUCUCCUCCGAGUGGUGUGGAGUGUCGUCUGCAGUCAGGUGUUGAUCGAGAGGAUCAUCACAUGCACAACGUUGGCUCUCACAGUGCCAUCUCCAGGCCAUCACCAGGUGUGGUGGAGGCCGCACGCAGCAGGUCCCCGAGGCCCCGUGAUGGGGCACAGUCGCAGAGAGGUUCUUCACAUGACGAGGGCCAUGUGAGUGCCGCCGAUGUUCUGCGGGUUUUCGAUGGUCUUCCUUCGGAUGCCUUGAAGAGGGGUGCCGAUGCACCUCUCCCAACUUCGAAAUCUUAUGCCACGGGAGCGUAUGUUCUUGGUGGUAAUGUAGGCCUGAAGGCCAAUGCCUCAGCCAACCCGGAGGCGCUCAAAGUCUUUGCAAGGUUUGUGAGACAGCGUGCUCCGGGGUUUAAGUUUUCUUCGAUAAAUAUAUUUGAGGAUGUUCGCACUGAGCGCCAUCGAGAUCAGUGGAAUGCCAACUUGCAUAACUUGGCGAUUGCACUGACUGACUUCUCAGGUGGAGCUAUCUUUGUGGAGCAUGAAAACGGUCGAGACGUAUCCGACCUUAAUGGUGCACGAGGCUCUCGCUUGCAGGUUGCUAAGGGCCCUGUCCGAUUCAAUGCCAGACACAAUUGGCACUACACCGAGGCGUGGCAGGGCCGUAGAGUCUUGCUGGUUGCAUUCACCAUCCGUCAUGUUGAAUCGCUGUGCAAGGAACAUCUUGACUUUCUCCGCGAGUGUCAUGUUGAUGUUCCGAAAUGCGCGCCCGAGGGCGCGCGGUUGGCGCCUGCUGAAGCGUGUGCUCGUCAGCCGCCAUCCUUGACCUCCCCCGCAGCUCAGGAGUCGCUUAGGCCCUUGCCCGCUUCGGUUGUCCCCGCCGUUGACCCUAAGGAACCUGUGAGCGACCCUGCUAGUCCCUUGAAGCCCGGUUCUGCUCUCUAUGUCGAGAUAAAGUGUGGGUCCGGAUUGCUGCCGGCUCGGGUGCGGCGGGACGGAUUUCAAAUCAUAGCGCUUGAACAUUCUCGCCCCGCUGGGCGAGUGCACACUCACCUUGUCCCGGUGGACAUUGAAACGGAGUCGGGUUUCUCCUUUGUGCAGACUGUCAUCAGCCACGAUGCCCCUUUUCACGUGCAUUUCUUUCCUGCGACCAAGGAUUGUUUCAAGGCUACUUUUUGCGCCGGGCAAACCAUUCGCAUCGCCAAACUCUUGCUUGCAUCUGAUUCGCAUUGGAGUGUCUUGCAUCCCCUGGCGUCAGUCCUGUGGAAACAGCUCGACUUGCCCGACAACCUCCAUUGCGUGGACUUCUGUGCAGGUUGCUACGGGGCUCCCAGUCCUGUCAAAAUGCGUCUGUGCACAACCCAGGCCGCGCUGGCUGGCAUGCCGGUGCCAGCAUGUCGUUGUCGCCCCGGGCCCCAUGCUGCGGGCUCGCUUUCGCCAGAUGCCUUGUACACUUCGAAAUUCUGUGAUGUGUUUGCUGGCCUCCUGCAGCUGGCGGUUGGCCAAUCUGGCCUCUUACUUGAGCAUGCUCUUCCACUGCAGAGUUCGCGGCAUUCUGCCGUAGCAGCCGCUGGGCGGCAGCCGCGAUUGUCAAAAUUCCAGCCGCAGAUCGCCGAGUUUAAGUGCCAAGCCACGGUCCGUGAGUUUCCGUGGCCCCUUCCUUUGGAUAAUAAGGGCAAUCUCACCUGUGCCGUAGGGUCGAUCCCUCCUGGCUCCCGCCUUCUUCGCGUUGUGUGUGAUCGGGGGGUCGUCGGUGCGAAACAGGUCGGAAGCCUGUCAGGUGUGCCUUCAGCAGUUACCUUUGGCAUUUACCGCACGGAACAAGAGUUUGUGGCUCAGGCAUUGCAUAUCGAUCAUCCCUUCGACUUGUGCGUGGCAGUCCCAGACUUCAUGUUGAGAGCGUUGGCUUUUACCUUGAAAGAGGGCCCGGUUGGUGUGAUGAAGCACCGUCUGAAUUUGCUCCAGCAGUGGACUUCUUGGAAACGCGAUUUGGCUGGUGCCGAAGCAGAGCUGCAUGCUGCCAUGGAUCCUGGUGUGGCUUCUGUUAUGAAGGGCAAGAAUAUUUUGCUUUUGGAAAAAAUUGCAUCGUCUUUCGGAUGGCCUGACACUGAAGUCUUCGAACACCUUAAGCAUGGUUUUCCUUUGGUGGGGGAGUCGAGUCCUUCUGGCAUCUUCGACGUGGACAGAAAACCGGCUCUGAUGACAAGGGCAGAGCUUGUGCAGCAUGCUAAAUUCCUUAGGCCUGCGCUGUGGGCGAAGGUGGCGAAUGCGGAGGUGGAUGAUUUAGCUCGGGAAGUGUGGGAUUCCACACAGCAAGAGAUGCUAGUCAAGGAGUGGCUAACCGGGCCUUACUCGUGGGACGAGCUGCAAGCCCGUCACCCAGAAGGCUGGCUUCCAGUGCGGAGGUUCGGCAUUGUGCAAAAAGCCAAGACGAGGUCGAUCGACGAUUUGGCCGAGAACUCUGUAAACUGCGCUUACGCUGUUUCCGAUCGGAUUUCUUUGAGGGCCCUUGACGAGUUGGUCUGGCUUGCGAUCACCCUCUUCAAGAUCUUCCUUGCAAAAGGCGAGGUGAGCAUCCCGUUGUCGGACGGUGACCAUCUUCGCUUUCCGGUGCAUUCUUUCUGGAGGGCCCUGAAACCCGAGGCGCUUCAGCCGAGCUUGAAAACAGUGGACUUGAAGAGUGCUUAUAAACAGUUGGCGGUUUCUCCACGAGACCGCUGUCUGAGCAUAGUGGCCAUCAAGGACCCGGUCUCGGGGCUUGCGUUUGGCUUCGAGAGCCGAACCCUUCUGUUUGGGGCCACCUCGUCGGUGGUCUCAUUCAAUCGCGUUGCAAGACUGCUCCAAAGGGUUCUGGUUGCCUUGCAGGUGCUCGCCUGCAACUACUUCGACGACUAUCCGGUGUUGGAGGUCCUGCCGCUUUGCAACAACACGCAGUCAACUAUCAGAGCUGUGCUGGACCUGUUGGGUUUCACAUGGGCAGAAGAUAAGGAUCUUCCCUUCAGCCAUGAGGCUGAGCUUUUAGGCGUUCGGGUUGACCUUGGUUGCUUUGGGGUAGUUAAGAUUGGGAAUAAGCCCGAACGUGCAACUUCCAUUGCUGACGCAGUGGACUCCGUCUUGAAAGCGGGCCAUCUUGAUCCGAAGACUCUGCCAUCAUUGUUCGGUCGCUUGCAGUUUGCAGAGGGUCAGCUUCACGGGCGAUUGGGCAGAUUGGCACUGGCCGACCUCAGGGCGUGCACGAUGAGUUCUCAGGCCAAAACCCUUGAUGCCACGGCUGUGCAGGCCCUUUGUAAUCUUAGGUCCCGGGUUCUUGGGGGUACCCCUAGGAUAGUCCCGGCUUGUGUGGGGUCUCGUCGUUCUGUGAUUUUCACAGAUGGAGCGUACGAGCCGACGAGUGAAACUCACCCCGCCACUGUCGGAGGAGUCUUGUACCAUUUCGACAACGGCGCGUGGUGCACUUUCUUCUUUGCAUGUGCUAUCCCUUUGAGCGUUGUACAGAGCUGGGAGGCUCUCGGGAAAAGGCAUUUGAUAGGCCCAGUUGAGAUGUAUGCAGUGGUAUGUGCGAGAGAAGCUUGGGCGAAGCACUUGGACAUGCAAAGGGUGACCAUGUAUGUGGAUCACUCCGGAGUGUUGGCCUCUUUGGUGAAGGGCUCUUCGAAAGACCCUUUGUGGAGGCAACUCUUGCUGAUCUUUGAGAGCUGCGACGCAGAGGCGAUGCUUCCUUGGUUUAGCCGCGUUCCAAGUGCAAGUAAUCCGGCCGAUCCUCCUUCGAGAGCUAAGUCAAUCUUUCCAGUCAGGGGGCAGGUGUGCAGAGUGUCGCCUCGAUGCCCGAUCAAAGGCAAUGCCACGAUUGAUCUCCUUCUUAAGUGA